AUGAUAGUACCUGGAGGACGAUACCCCUACGCCGGGGAUGUUUCAACAGAUGCAGAUUGGCUGCGCGAACCAGAAGCCGAGCUUGUUUGGCGCAAUGUACUGGUCCAUGAAAAGCUGAAUGCAGCAGAGUCAAGCUGUGCUAGGAUUGUAAGAUAUAAAGGCAGAGACGCUGCUACUGCAUUCCCACUGUUGGAGAAACCUGGAGGUGGUCCACUGAACAAGUUUCUUGCUCUUCAUCGUGCGCGUAUGUAUCCUGAGGCCCACGACAAUGAGGCUGAUAGCGACUCGAUUGAGACGAGCUUUAUUGCUUCGACGUACCUCCCUCUGGUCUAUCGGUGCGCAUUACAGAUCUUGUCUGCCUUGUCUGAGAUCCAUCGCAAUGGGAUUAUCCACAUGGACAUCGUGAGUCCGGAUUGCUUUUGGCUAUACGAAGACCUGAGUAUAGCACUGGUUGGCUUCCAGUCGGCAGAUUUUGUCAGUUUGAAAGGAGAGCGAGUUCAGGGUAAUGCACACUGUGGUGAGGAGUUUCGAUACCCAUGGGUGAGAACUACACAACAUGAGCGUCCUACUGCCAAGGUCGAUCUGUUUGAUUGGGCCACUUUGAUCUAUACCUUGAUGACAGAUCGAAGCCCUGUGGAUGGUAGGGUAGUACACAAUGCUGAGAUGGAGGAAAUUAUCAGUACAGGAUCGUUACCAGUGCUUGAAGAAGAGAAACUAGGGCAUCUGGUCAAGAAAUGUUGGCUGGGCGAGUACAAGUCUGCAUCGGAAAUUAUGGCAGAUCUGAAGGUGUUCUUGACCCAACGUGGAUUCAAAGUGGAAGAGGAUGACAUCCGAGGAUACGACUUUCGCACAUUCCUGUAG